UUCGUGGCCGGUAUAAAAAGACGGGCAACUCACUCACCAUGGAUCAGAGGCUCUCCAGCGUUUGUUCUUGUGAAAGACAUUGUAGCAGAGAAAUGAAAAUGAUUCCGGCAGUGAUUCUGAUUUGUAUCGCAACGACGGUGACAUCUGCACCGACUAGCCAGUACACGAUUAACGUUGAUGGGCCAGAAGGUCGUCAUGUACAGAUGGGCGAACCCGGCAAAGCUGUCUCCGGCUAUUACACCUCCCGGAGUUUAGACGGCCUGAUGGAAUACAAAACAAAUUACGAGGCUGACGACAAAGGUUAUCGCGCAACAGGUGAUCAUUUACCUGUCGCCGCUGUCCUUCCGGCAGUUCGUUCGUUGGAUUCCGCACCGGAAGGCUACGUUUUCAAAUACGAAGCUCCUGGAGGUCACAGCCACUACAUGAUGGGCCAACCUGGAAAAUCUGUCCAAGGAUCAUUCACAUAUGUCGAUGCUGAGGGAAGAUCACAACGCGUCGACUACGAAGCCGAUGAGAAAGGCUACCGAGUCCUGCCCAUCAAAGAAGAGGAAACACCCAUUGCAAUCGCUUCCGUAAGUGCUGACGCUGAAGUCGUCAUAGCGGCUGGACCAGUCAUCCCAGUUGCGGCUGAACCGAUCCCAGAGAUUGUUGCCGAACCGAUUCCAGAGAUUGUUGCCGAACCUAUCACCCAAGUUGUCGCUGAACCGGUCGUCGCUGCACCUGUCCCAGAAGCUGUUGCCGAACCUGUCGUAGUGGCCGUGGCCGCUGCUGCUGAUCCCGCCCCAAAACCUGUAGUAGUUGAAGAUCCAUCGAGUCGGACAAUCCUGGCGACGGAAGAGAAACCCGUUGAAAUGAUGUACUACCAAAAGGACACGGGAACCGUCGAAGCAGCUACUCGAACCAUCUCAGAAGAGGAAAAACCAGCUGUCAUGAUGUAUUAUCCAAAGGACGCUGAAGUCGCCAAAGAGGCCGAACCUGCGACCCGAACGAUCCCAGAAGAAGAAAAACCCGCUUACAUGAUGUACUACAUCAAAGACGCCGGAGCCGUUGAAGCAGCCGAACCUGCCAGUCGAACGAUCCCAGAAGAACAGCCAGCAGCCAUGAUGUACUAUCCCAAUGAAGCUGAGGUCGCCAAAGGUGCCAAACCGGCGAGUCGAACUAUCCUGGAAGAGCAGCCAGCCGCCAUGAUGUACUAUCCUAAAGAAGCUGAGGUCGCCAAAGAAGCCGAACCUGCCAGUCGAACAAUCCCAGAGGAACAACCAGCCGCCAUGAUGUACUAUCCCAAAGACGCCGGAGCCGUCGAAGCAGCCGAACCUGCCAGUCGAACGAUCCCGGAAGAGCAACCAGUCGCCAUGAUGUACUAUCCCAAAGACGCUGAAGUUGCUGAACCGUCCAGUAGAACGAUUCAAGGAGCAUCCGAAGCAGUUGCUGAACCGGCUCCCGCUGUCAAAACAGUCGCAAGUGAUCCUGCACCUGCCCAGCCGGUUGCUGAAUCCACUCAAUCGAAUACCCAAGGAAAAGCGGUCUACGCCCUGCCUAUCGCCCUACCCGGUGCAACUUAUUACGGCCUUCCAGCCAGAUUCGUCCAGCCCGCCUUGCCCGCAUUUCAUUACGCUGCGCCCUACGCUUACGCUUACGGCUACAAUGUCGGUUAUCCUCUGACAGGAGGAAGCUACGUUUACACCCAUUAAAUGAACUCGAUUGGUCCACACCUCCAUUCUGAACGCGAUCGCUCUGUUAUCAUUCUGUCAUCACCUACCCAAUUGAUUUGUCUUUUAUUACACUGCUUCAAUCUCA